AGCGAGACGUCACAAAGUUUCGAAACUUUCUUUCUCUUUUUCUCCAAAAAUAAAAUUAAAUAAAUUUGAUUUUUCCGCGUUUUUGAUGCCAAACGACGCUCCUUCGUUUCCUACGCCCCAAAAACCACACCCGGACGGGAAAAGCGCCCGGAAAAUGCGAGAAAAUCGCAUUUUUUUGGCGCUACUUUUUGGGACAGCCUAAUGCAACUUUCCUGCAUUGUAUAUUCCGCGGUAUAUUCCACGGAAAACGUCCGAGCCUUUGUGGUGUUGGGAUAACGUCCGCAAACGAAAAGUGCCUUUCUCUCAUUUUUUGUGAUUUAAUUGUUGUUUUCGCAUUUUUAUCGUUGAAAAAGUGCAAUAAAAUGAAAAUGUGGCUUCCCCCGAGGAAAUUGGUGUAAGUGGCGGUGUGGAAAAGUCGUGGGAGAGUGUGAAAAUUGAGGAAACAAGAUGAAAGAUGAAAAGAGGAAACAAGUGGCUGUAUCGUUGUGAAUUGUUGGAGAAACUUUUACAAUUUUAGUUGAUAAAAAAAUGAUGCAGGAGUGCAGGUAGAAGGACAAUAAUGUCAUGGGAUCGUGUACGAGGAGACACUAUUUGCUGGCGAUAUGCAUCCUGCAGCUGCUCACCAUCAUCGAGCGGCAAGUUAUGGACUUCCUGGGCUACAUGUGGGCACCUAUUCUUGUCAACUUCUUUCACAUAAUCUUUGUGAUUUUUGGCUUCUUCGGUGCCUAUCAAUUUCGUCCCAAGUACAUUGUGACGUAUUCCGUGUGGAAUGUUGUCUGGAUCGGAUGGAAUAUCUUCCUUGUGUGCUUCUACAUGAACGUGGGAUCACUCGAUCGGGAGAGUGAUGUCCUGAAUUUAGGUACAGGAAGUUUUUCGUGGUUUCUCAUCAAUGGCUACGGCUGUAAGCCCAUCUAUCCCACUAAUAUCACAUCGGAGGACCCCUUUAGACCAAUACGACCAGAGAGAGUGGAAAACUGUCUCGUGGAAUUUCAGACAGUUGAAGUCAUUCAUUCAUCCAUACAAAUCAUUUUUGCCAUUCUGGGGAUCAUUGGAGCAAUAACAAUUGGAAAAAUAUUUAUCGAGGAAGACGAUGAUCGAUUCGAUUUCAUGGGGGGAGACGCCAAGAGUCCCCAGCAUACGGCUGUUCAUCCCAUGUAUGUGAGCUACACGAGCUUACCGACUGGAGGUACCCUGUCCAAGGGAAGUACUGAUACACCACGCCGCGGAUUUACGGUAGAUGAGGGGAAAACAUCUCUGUCGAGUCUCGAGAUGAGACCCCAUAUAAAAUACACAGAAUUAUCCACUGAGCACCUUAUGGAGGCGGAAAAUGGGGGUGGAUAUACGGGAAUUGAGGAACUUGAGGAGGAAAUGCGUGAUUACUAUGCUGUGGACAAUCUUGCCACUGUGGAGAAGAAUGGUCGUACCCGGAGGGCUGUCUUUGAGGCACCAACACGGGAUUAUGAUCCUCCCAAAAUCUAUCGGGCCUACGCACUCCCACCACCGCCACCACAACUUGUUGCCAUGGCACCGACAAGUCCGGAUUUCGAACCAUACCGCAUGCCACAGACGCACAGUACGAAAUCCCCUCAUCUCAAGACCCGACGACGCUAUGAGCGUCACAUGCCAAACAAUUCUAGCAAUUACUGCGACCAGAUCCGCGAUGCACCACCCGGGUACUCCUUCCCGGCUGCCGGAGAGGCUAUUCAUCGUGCCAAAUCACACGAUCGCCUAUCACAUCGGGCUAGGCGAUCGAGUCAGGGAUCCCGACCGAGAUCCUUUUGCAGCAACAACUAAUUGUGUCCCGCCCAUAAUUGCCUUUUUUCUAUUAAGUGCCCAUCCAUGGGCUUUUUUUGUAUUCAAGAGGUGCUCUAAAAUCGAACAACAAUUUACCUAUAUUCAAUGGUUAUCGUGGAAUAUUCUACAUAUAUGAGUAUUUUUAUUCGGAAACAAUGUGCGUGAUAAAAGAAAAUGUUUUAGCAAAAGAAAUAAAAAAAAAUGAAAUUUUAUUCCCUAUUUUAUCUGCCUAAGCGAAAUUAUUGGGAUUUUCCAAAUGAACUUUCGCUUAUUUUGAGAUUUUAAUGCCCUGUUGAAGCAUUUUUAAAUAAUAAUAUUUAGACGAGGAUUUUUUGGAAAUAUUAGGAAAAAAAUGGGUGUACUGCUUUGAAUAUUUUGAGCAUUUGAAAGGCUUUUAAAUUUAAUUCUUGCAUAAAUUUCUAUGAGAAGAUCUUGCCAAUAUGCAAAGAAAACAAUGGCAUUAGCCCUUUAUUGCAUUAGUAAGGAUUAAACAUUUAAAUACACGAACUAUUCCUUAUUAUUUUUAAGGAACUGUGUCGUAUUCUUAAAAAAAACUUUACUCUUUAAAUUUAUUUUCCAAUGUUACCAAAAUAUCCUUUCUAAAUAAUAAAAAGUCCUUUAAAAAAAAUAUUAUAUAGGUAUUACUAUUACAUAUACAAAAAUAUUGAGAAUAAAAAUCUAAAAAAUUGUUGAAAAAGAAAAGAAUAUUUAAUAGUCUAUACGAAAAAGAAGAACAACGAAUUAUCUUCAUAGUGAAAAGACACUUUUUGCCUUUAAAACGACUCUAAAAAAAUGUAGAACAUAAUCUAUAUAGUAUGUAGUAGAAGUUAUUAUUAUAUAUUAGUUAUUAAUACCUAUUAGUAGCAAAUAACAUAAGAAAUUGUUGAUUAUUGCGACAUUGUGAAUGAAGAUAAAAAUAAUAAUAAAAAAGCUAGCAAUUAUUUUUUAUGCUGACACA